CACAUGAGACAUGACACACCACACAUGUACUACCUUUAAUUUUCUUAGAGAUCAUCGACCAGAAAACCAGUGUGUCCGAUAUCUGGUUAACAUCAAACCAAUACACACCUGGAACUGAAUCACCAAAAGUAGCGCUAAACCUAAAUUCUAACGUCCCAACUUUGUAGGGAUAUGAUUUUUAUAAAUCUUUCUUUUUUUUUAACAAGAUUUUUAUAAAUCUUUCUUAUAUUCGUAAAAGGACUUUGUAUAUAUAUAAAUAAAAGCUUGUAUCCUUAUUGGCAAACAUAGGAUUGAAAAAGAAGAUGAAUAGCGUUGAAGCAGAAGAAAGAUCUGCAGAAUUUCUAGACAUGGCCAGAUCUUUGUUUUGGUUUGAGCGUUUGCUUCUCUCCGUGAUACUUCUCUUCUCCUCCAAUGGAGUCUCAUUAUUUAUCGGUCCUCUCCUUUUCUCCACUACCUUUUGCGCAUUACUCUUACACUGGUUAUGCCGUAAAAACUCUCCUGCAGACCGCUCUGUAAGUAUAUCAUAUAUACACAUCUUUAGUUUACCUUUAAUUCGUGUUAAAUAUCUCUCUCUUUCUUUUUGUUUUGUUUCAUAUAAGGGUGUUACUACUAGCCGAAUCUGGCUGUUUCUGUCCGACCGGUUCGUGUUUCUGGCGGCUCUAGGCGCUUAUAAGGCCGUCUGGCUUUUGCGUCUCACCGUUUUUAUUGCCGUCGCGGUUCACUAUGUUUACAUCAUCCAGUACCUUGAUAUAUCUUAUAAAACCCAUCUCGCCGAACUGAGAGGGAUUGAUGAUGACUCUAGUGAGGAAGGAGAUGUGAGCAAGGAGCUGGAGAAGACGAGGGAGUUAUUAGAAGAUUUGAAAGAGCAUGGAAAGAAGAUUGAUACAGAAAUGGAGUUUAUAGACCACCUUAUCAAUCCAGAUCUUGAAACACAUAGAAGAAACUUGUCCGUAAAACUCAUAGCGUUACGUAAAGAGACGAGAGAUGUUGGAGGAAAGAUAAGAACAUAUAAGGAGUUGAUGAGCAUUUUUGUCAACUCAGAACUUACUCUAAGAUCUAAGGUUGAAGAGGAUAUAAAAGCUUCGAGAGAAGUUGCAUCUCUAGCCGACCAAGUUCAUGAAGCCUACUUUGUGAUCCAAGAAACUGCCAAAGCGGCGAAAACAACAUCUGACAGAGCUUAUCUAACCUACUUAUUUGCGCAAGAAAUCUCUGCACAAAUUCAAAACAAGAGAUGGAUGAUAAGAUUAGAUAUUGAGGGGUUGCCAGAGCUUAGAGAGGAAGUGAGGCGAAUGUCGUUGCAAUUUGCUGCUAGAAGAAUGGAGGCGAAGGUUGCUGCCGACAGAGCCGCCGAGGAGUUUUCAAAUGCAAGGGUGAAGCUGAUGGAGGCGGUCGGGAUCCAACAGUGGGAGGAGUACAAAAUCGACUAAGUCUUGCAUUAUAUUUAAGUGAUAAGUAAUAUUUCUCUCUAUUAUGUUAUACUCGAGGAAUUUCAUUUUCAACCGGUGUUGGGUCAUAGUUUAGUGGAGGGUUUUGGGUUUUUACCAAAUUUAUCAAGUUUUUAAUUAAUGAGUUUUCAUUAACUCUGAACCAAAUUAUAUACGGUACUGCAUUACGGUCAAAAUCGGGUAUAAAAACACCGAAUCAAACUUAAAAUAAAAAUUCUGAUAAUUAUUUUCAUAUAAUUUUUAAAUUUUGAAUACAAAAUUUAGUGAAUAAAAAAUUUAGUGCGUAGUACAAAUUACAAUUUCUUCAAAAUCCAAAAAAUUAUCACACAUAUAAAAAUAAUUUAAAUAAAUUAUGUACACAUGUUAAACAAGAAACAAUAUACAAAUUACUAUAUUUUUCGAAAGAAAUAAUUUCACGUUUUUAAAGCGCAGAUCAAAAUCUAAUUUCUUUUUAUUAUGUUACUCAAGGAAUUCCAUUUUCAAGUUUGUGCUUUUUGAUUUUCAUAUAGGCUUAUUUGAUGGGUGCUCCUUAGUCUUGUACAUAUAUUGAUUUUAGGGCCCCCUUGAUUUUAGUGGAACUUAUUUGCUUAUCUAUCUACCUUCAAAUUCUCCAAUAUGUUGUUAAAUGUUUAGUUUUUAUUGCUUUAUUAAUUAAUAAACUAGUAGGAUAAAAAAAAUUUACAUUGAUAAUUGAUAUACAUUUAGACACAAUUACAAUAUGUAGGACACUUAUUUAAAUAAAGUUUCUUUAUUAGCCUUCUAAUCUAGUAUUUUACUAAUUACUAGAGUAAACCCUCCCUACGGGCUGGCAAAUAAAAUAAAAAUUAUAUAAAAUUAUUUUAAAUGUUUAAUGUAAGGUGUACUAACGUUCAUAAGUUUUUCUAAAUAAAUUUAACUAUCCAUUUUAAAUUAUGUACUUCACUAAUUAUUAUAAAAUUGUUAAAAUAUUUUUAUACAUUUUUGAGAAAAAAACUAAAGAUCUUCAUGAUUUUAAAAAUUAUCUUAUUCAUUAUAACUAAAAAUAUUUAAAAAUGGAUGAUAUGAAAGUAUCGUUACUCUUUAUACAUAUACAUUUUUUGAGAAAGGGUAUACAUGUACAUUUUUUUGAGAAAUGGUAUAUUUCUAGAAUUGGACAUGUGUCAUGUAUUUAAAUAAACUUUUAUUCCUUUUGUUCUAUAGCUUUUUAUUUUUGACAUUUAUGUGUUCUUAUUAUAUUAAUUAUUUUCCAAAAUUAUUAUUUGUUGAAUAAGGUUUUUAUCGAGCUCAUUUUAAUAUUAUUUAUUUUUACAACAAUAUUACUUUUUUAUUUAUUAGAUUCUGUUAUUUUCUUAACUACUUUUCUAAAAAAGUUUGAUUAGUUAUUAAUAUUUUGGCAUGGUUUUUUUUGUUAAUUUUCUGAGAUAAGAUUCACUUUUGUGUGGGCUUGAUAAAAUAUGGAAAUGUUAUAUUAUCAAUGUAUUUUUUUAGUAUUACUAUUUCAAAAUUUCUUCACUUAUUUUAAUAUUUUAUAUUUUUUAAUAUGUAUUAUUUAUUUCUAAAUAAAUUAUUAUUUGUUGAUAGAAAAAUUGAUGUCAACCAUUUGGUUAAAUUAAAACGCCUGAUAAUAAUGAACAUUUAUGGAUUAUUAAAUAUUAAAUAUCUUGUUAAUAGAUUUAAUUUAAAUUAUAACAGAAUUAAAAUAUUGUCAAAUUUUUAGAAAGUCUUUUGAUGAGAUGGCAGUUUAAGUGGGGGUUAUUGGUUCUAAUACUUAAGUCGAUUUAUAAUUUUUUUUUGGAUUUAGAAAUCAUUGACAAAUCCCUUUAUUUUAAAAUCAAACAAACAGAUUUCAAAAUCAAUGAUAUAAAUUUCCAAAUCAAAAUAAGUUGAUUGUUAUAAAUGAAUGAAAUGGAUUUUCAAUUGAAGUUCUCAUUGCAUAAUAGGACAUCUAAUUCAUCACUUACAUGCGACAUUUACAUUUUCUUUUUCUGGAGUGUAUUGAUGUCUACGAAAUUCUGAAUUCAUGUUGAUAAUGUAUACAUUUGACUAAAAAGCUUAAGAACCUAUCAAAAGAAGCAUAGAGACAUUGCUAAGUUCGAAAAAGUAUAAUGUUCUUGUUUCAUUUAUUUGAUGGUGUUUCUUUAUGAUUUGUGAUUGGUUAUGUUACUUGAAUCACAAUAAUAUAAUAAUUAAUUUUAAUAUGUUGGUAGGCAAGACACGUUUUGUUUGUAUGGUUACUCUCAGGUGUCAAUUUAAAAUUGGAAGAAGUGCCAAUAAUAUCUCUCUUCACAAGAGACAACCAAUCCAUCAUUUCGGAAGAAUACGGUUUCGUAACGAUACAAAGGUAACGCCGCCAUCCGAGUCUCGUGUCGGUACGGCGAGAAGGUAAAACACUCCGGCCAACUGCUUAAACUCCUCUGCUCCAUUGAUGAAACGUCCGACGGACAAAGUUAGAGUCUUUGGUGAGAAAGACGCAUAAACUGAAAAACAAUAUCAUCAACAUUCCAGCAGGUCUUAAAAUAGUGAAGAAACACCUCAGAAAAAACAAAUCAUUUUCGUCAAUAAGGACUCCGCCGUCUUCUACUGUGGCAACAAAAAAAGAAAAAAAAAACAUCGUCUGAGGCACGGAGACGGAAUAACCCUCUUCUGCAACAACAAGAUAGCAUAAAAGUGACAUCCUACACGAUAAUAUGAUAAAUAACCCCAGCUUCGUUUGUAUGUAUUUUACAAUAAGUUUGUGUGCAAGACAUGUCCCUGAUGCAAAUUCUGAACAUGAACAAAAGAUAUUAUAAUGAGGUUUAUAUCAACCACGUGACUUGGGACACACAAAAAAUAUAAGGAAAUGGAAAAAAAAAAACAAUAAUGCAAAUCCAAUCAAAAUAACAAAGUUUAACUUGAUAUUUGUUUUCUUGUAUUUUACUCUUAAAAAUACACAUAAAUCCACUCAAAUCAAAAUCAAAACCAAAUCUUCAAACAAAUCAAUAACAUU